CCCCCUGUGAAAUUCCUGACUGCCAGGGUGAUUCCUACGGUUACCAAGGGCUGCUUCCUACUGUAGCCUACUGUGUGCUCUGGGGCAAACUAUUUUAUAACCUCUGGAUAAAUUAUCAACUACGGGAAUGAUAUCUCCACCGAUAAAGGUGUUUUCCAGGACAAACAGACAAGCCGGCAGCUCAGCAGGGGUCUUGGAUUACUGUGAAGAACCUGCCAGGGGUCCCUGCCUGCCUCCCUUCCAGAGUGGGGGAUUCCUAUUUCAGCUUCAGACUCUCCCCACAAACCUGAAGUGGUUCCGCUUACCAAUUUUCUCUGGCAUGGCAAAGACAGAAACCACAUGUUGAUGUUUCCUCACCGGGCGCCCCCAGGGUCGCUUUCAAGCCUGACUGCCGACAGCUCGCCACCUCUGUCAGCCUCUUGAGCAAGCCAAUUGAUCGCCUCUAGCUCAACAACACCGCGCACUGCGUCUGCCAGCGGCCCAGCCGAGCAACCUCUGUGUUGCCCCGAGCCCAGCUGCCUGGGCAGGACUGCAUCACCAUGGACACAGAGUCCACCUACUCGGGCUAUUCCUACUACUCCGGACGCUCCCGGGGAUCCCACAGGCAUGGGGAGCGAAGCCGGGACCGCCACAAGUCCCGCAGUAAAGACAGCCGCUCAGAAAAGUCAGUAACAAUUAACACGCCGCCUGCAGAACCGCUGCUGGGCGACUCGGCUGUUCGGGGUGAGCAGGUCCAGGAUGACAACUGGGGCGAGACCACCACGGCUGUCACGGGCACAUCAGAGCACAGCCUCUCUCAGGAGGACAUCGUUCGCAUCACCAAGGACCUGGAGGACAGCGUGGGGCUCGACUGCCGCCGUUACUUCACCCUGACCCUGGCCGUGAUCCUGGGCCUGCUAGUGUUCCUUACGCCGCUGGCCUUCCUGGUGCUCCCCCACCUCCUCUGGCCGGAGAAGCUGCAGAGCUGCGGCACGGCCUGCGAGGGCCUCUUCAUCUCCGUGGCCUUCAAGCUGCUCAUACUGCUGCUGGCCGUGUGGGCGCUCUUCUUCAGACCGCCACGGGCUGGCCUCCCGCGGGUCUUCGUAUUCCGGGCACUGCUCGCCGUGCUGGUGCUACUUUUCGUGGUCUCCUAUUGGCUGUUCUACGGAGUCAGAAUACUCGACUCACAGGACGAGAACUACCAGGGCAUCGUGCAGUACGCCGUGUCGCUGGUGGACGCUCUGCUCUUCAUCCACUACCUGGCCAUCGUCCUGCUGGAGCUCCGGCAGCUCCAGCCGUGCUUUUCUGUGUGCGUCACGCGCUCCACAGACGGAGAGAUGCGCCACUACAAUCUGGGACAGCUCAGCAUUCAGCGGGCAGCUCUGGCCAUCUUAGAGCACUACUACUGUGACUUCCCAGUCCAUAACCCCGCGUUGCUUUCCGCCUCCAAGUCCCGCGCAGCCAAGCACCUGGCCGGCCUCAAGGUAUACAACGUGGAUGACAUCUCUAGAGCUAAACUGAAAGCCUACAUUUUGGACAGUCCGGGGAACAAUGCAGCAGCUGGACUUGCCCACUCCCAGUCCAGAGCCAUGAUCGCAGCGGCUGCCCGCCGCAGAGACACCAGCCACAACGAGCUGUACUACGAGGACGCUGAGCACGAGAGGCGUGUUCGCAAACGCAGAGCAAGACUGGUGGUGGCAGUAGAGGAGGCGUUCACACAUAUCAAGCGCAUGCAGGAGGAGGAGCAGAAGAAGGCUCCAGGGGACGUGAUGGACCCUCGAGAGGCAGCACAAGCCAUCUUCCCAUCCAUGGCUCGCGCCCUGCAGAAGUACCUGAGGACCACCAAGCAGCAGCACUGCCACAGCAUGGAGAGCAUCCAGCAGCACCUGGCCUUCUGCAUCACCAACAACAUGACACCCAAGGCGUUCCUGGAGAGCUACCUGACCCCAGGUCCCACCCUGCAGUACAGCCGGGACCACUGGCUGGCCCGUCAGUGGACGCUGAUCAGCGAGGCGUCGGUCACCAGCGGCCUGAAAGAUGGCUCCGUCUUCCUCCUCAAGUGUAUGGACUUCAGCCUGGUGGUGACAUCAAAGAAGAUCCCUUACAUCCAGAUGUCAGAGGAAUACAUCGACCCCAAGUCACACAAGUUUGUCCUGCGAUUACAGUCUGAAACCUCUGUGUAGGACUCCAAACUUUUGGUUUUUUAUUCCUCACCCUGUUUCGUUGCUCUCAAAUGUUUUCAUUUUGGGUUUGCAGUUUUUAUUUUUACUUUUUUGGAAUUUUUAUAUAUUAUAUAUGAAUCUAUAUAUUACACACAUGUUUGAAUACAUUGAUCUUUUUCUGUUUGAUUUGGAUGAAAACAAAAGAAAGAAUUGAGGCAGGAUUAUGCUCACGGCAGUUUGACUCGGACGCCUCGGACUUGGUUGUGUGCACAUACAGUGUGUGUGAGUGUAUAUGUGUGUAUGCACGUGUGUCCUUUUGUGUCAACACAAUCACUCGUUCCUUUUCUGUUUGAGACGCUGUAGCCAAACAAGAUGGGAACAUCUGAGGUUUCUGACAUCCCCAUAGAGACUUUGUUGUCUCGGUUACUCCUUUACUUCCAUGGGACAGACAGACAAACCACUAAGGACAGUCAUGGUGUGACUUGGAUUUUGAUAUUUGAAGCCUGACGGAAACACAUGACAAAUAUCCAGCCUGUUUUGCAUUCUCCUCUACAACAUUUGAAAGUAUUUGGAUGCUCUUUUGGACGUCAACAGACAAAUAAAUGGGUUUCUUUCUCUUGAAAACCAAAUUAAAUGCAUUUGACAAAAAGAUGAAACUAAACUUCAGUCAUACUUUGCAUUAAAUGCACAUUUAUGUAUGUUUAUAAAUUAAAAGAAUAUGCCUAAAAAGGAUGGAACAUAUGAUCUCAGCCUGCUCAAAAAUGAAGUCGGACUGUUUUCCUCUCGCCGCAACGUCCUCAUCACUACUUCAGGCUCUCUGUAGAGCUCUGGACAAACGUUUUUUUUGACAGUUGAGAUGUCAAACUCCAACCCGCCUCAUGUCCAGCCUAAUGCGUACAGUAGCACGCCUGAGUGCUAUUUGUAGCAGCCAAAGUGGGAUGCUUUGAGCUGUUUUGGUGCACGACUCUACUCCAGGUGCAAUGGAGUAAAAUCAGUAAUAUUUCCACUCCAGUUGGGAACAACACACACAUGCUAUGUUAAACACCGGGGCGAACUCAGAAUGAACCGGAUCAUAAGAGACGCUCAGAGGUGGACACAUGCCCAGAAACAUUUGCCCUGCCUCAUCGGUUCAAUAACCUUCUCAGGGCUUUCAUGUCUGCCGUAUCUGCCUGACAUGAUGGAAAGGGAAGGCAGCGAGGAGGAGAGACAGAGCAAAAAGUACUACUGAUUACUCAUAACCAGAGUUCCCCCUUUGUUACAUAGCAGAAAAUCUAAAUAACGUAAAUUCUCAAAUAAAAGCCGGUGUUCAAAAAAGCAUGGCCAGCAUGAACAAAUAAAGGCCGGUCACUAAUAAAAGCCAGGUAAAAAAACACAUUGAGGGGGGUGGAAUUACCUACUACAACAGCUCACAUCGUAAAUUUAGUAUAAUGUUCAUUUACCAUCAACAAAACACAUAACACCUGUUGUUUUUCCUACCUAUAAAGGGAAGGCUGCAAGACUUUUAUUUUGUUGGCAUUUUGCCUUUAUUCGACAGUCAACAGUGUAGAGAGACAGGAAACAUUGGGAUUGAGAGAGAACAGGGGGGGGGAAUUACAUGCUACAAAGGUCCUGUUCUGGAAAAUUCUGGAGGAAGUGUUGAGUUUCAUUCAUGGCUGCUUAGCAUCGUUUGGGGGAAAAAGGCAAAGUAGAACACCUGACGAGACUGUUGUACUGAUAGAAUUAGUGCUGUGGAAAUGGACAUUAUACUGAAUUUAUCAAGACAACAGUGCAAAUGGUUUUCUCUGCCACUGAGCUAAAUAAAGGCCACUAUUUGAGAAUUUACGGUAUUUAAAGCAUGAUUUCCUUGUUUUACUAGAAUACAUAAUAGAUGAUAAUGAAUCAACUGAGCGUGUAUCAAUAGUGAGAGCUGCAGCAGGGUGGAACCUCUUUCCCAACUGGACCAUCUGGUUUUCCUUUACUACCUUGUCUCACCUCUGUUGUCUGACAAACAUGCUCACAGUUAAUCCCUCGAGGUCAGCCACUUCAAUGGAAGACUCGGAAGGGAUUUUUCUAAUUAUUUCUUUCAGCUGAUGUAUCAGCCUAUCUUGUAAAGCCAGAAAAAUACAGUUAAAUUAAGCUAACGGCACUAAAAUGUCACUUUUAUGUUCUGUCAACGCUCAGAUUUGACUACUCUGUCCCUGUCAUAACAGAUCAAGCAAAUUCGCCAAAGUGGUAAACGAGAAUCACACUGAGCUCAUGUAUAACUCACUCAAGAAGAAAAAUGUCAUACUAAUAUAGCUGUGAGCUGGGUUGUCCUCUACUGCCCCCUGGCUGGUAAACCUAAUAUUGUCACUUUGCCUGAGGGCAGCAGCAACAUGUUUCCAUAUAAAACAUAAAGAUGCUGUUCAUUUUAGCAAAAACAUUCUUUCACUGUAAACUUGUAACUGUUAAACCACCUGGAAAGAAGUCAAAAAAAGCUGUUUGCUGUUUCCUGCGCAAUGCAAUAACAGCAAAUAUCUUUUUUUGAACAGCUGGUCAUAUUUUGUACCUACUGACAGAUGAACUUUGUAUGAUCCCAAUGUGACUGUGCCUCCUGUUUUUACACUGUAUCUAUUUAUGUAAACAAGCAUGUGUGUAUGUAAGUAUGUAUGUAUGCCAUUCCAGUUCACAUGACCAGCCUUUCCCCCCUCUCCUCUACAUCACCUCCGUCUGUCACGCUGUUGCCAGGUUACAGUCCUCUGUCAUGGUUUGGUUUUUGUUGGACAGCUUUAUGAUGAUGACGUGACAUUGUAAUGUAAGACAUGUUUCAGUUUCACAGCAUUAGCAUUUGUAAAAAAAAAAAUAAAAUAAAACAUUUUUAUGAACAUUUGUAAAA